AUGACAAAUGUGGGUCCUUUACGUAUUUUAUUUUUUGGCAGUGAUAUAUUCAGUAAUUAUUCGUUACGUGGAUUAUAUAACAUCCAUAAAUCCGCGCCCAAUCUAAUUGAAUAUAUACGGGUUGUGUCGAGACCGCCGAAAUGGGGCGGGAAACGAAGAUCUGUAUUGCGAUGUCCAGCGGUUUUGAAAGAAAACGAGACUUUGGGAAUCUUACGGCGGCCUAUUCUAUGCGACAACAAAGAAGAGAUGGUUGAGAGACUGAUGCCUGUGAUCCGAAGAGAUGGAAUCAAUAUGAUUGUGUGCGUGUCGUUUGGACUGUUGGUGCCGGAGAGGGUGAUAAGGAUGGUGCAAUACAGUUUAAAUGUGCAUCCAUCGUUGUUGCCUAGAUAUAGGGGGUCAUCGCCGAUCCAGUAUGCACUUUUGAACAACGACGGUUUCACUGGUGUGACGAUUCAAAGUUUGCAUCCGACCAAAUUUGACAAGGGAGAGAUCAUAUCUCAGUCGUGUGAAUUGGAUAUAGGAGAGAUGUUGGAGGAUGCAAGGGAGAUAAACGAACAGCCUAUUUUCACCACUAGGUUAACACAUCGAUUGGGCCAAGUUGGCUCCAAGAUGUUAUGUGAAUUGAUUAAGAAUGGGGGGUAUAUAAAGAGGAAAGAAGAAGGAAAAUAUGAGUCUAGUCUGGCUCCAAGGAUCCAAUCCAGUGACAGAAUGAUACAAUGGUAUAAAUACGAUGCCAACCAGUUAUAUAGAAGAUUGAUGACAUUGGGCCCGUUGUAUACGUUUAUUAAAUGUGGCAAGAACAAAAAACAUAUAGGUGAAGAAGAUAUUGUGAAAAGAGUGAUUUUACAUGCGUUUAAUAUCAAAGAACAAAACCUAGAAAAAGAAAAAGAGAAAGAAAAAGAGACAACAAGAUCAAGUAGAAUGCCGGGAAGCUUUGAUAUAGUUGAAGACAACAACAACAAUACCAGGAUGGUAAUUCAUUGCAUCAACGGGACGUCUCUUGAGGUGGAAGCGAUCCAGAUGGCAGGGUCUGUCAAAGGCACUGCGGCACAAUUUUUGCACGACUGGAACAAACAACAACAAAAACAUUCUCCGUUGCGGGGAGUCUUUUGUUCUAUUUCAAAAAAAUAA